AUGCAGAGCGACUACUUUGGUGCCGCUGCCGACCCAGAAAGCGGUCGCCUUCGCUCUCGCCCAGACUCACCCACUCCAUCUAGCCCAGCACGUAAAAUCCAGAAGCGCGGCUCGAUCACUUUCAAUGCAUCCAACGAGCACAGCAAGGACGAUGACGAUAACGCUGCAGGCGACGCAUCCGUAGAUGCCUCUGGCGGUCCCAUGCCCAACGGUCCUCCUUUCAUUUGCCCUACCUGCUCCACCAGCUAUUCUCGACUCGAAUAUCUCAGGCGUCACGAACGAAGACAUGCCGACAUUCGCCCGUUCGUUUGCGAUUGCGGCAAAGGUUUCUCGCGAAGUGACGUUCUCUCCCGUCACAAACGACAAUGCCGAGUGGUCUUGCAGCUUGAUGGCUCCGUCCAAGGCGAAAAGCCAGCAGCAGAAAGCGAAUCACCGCCCAAGGCUACCAAGCCACGUCGCUUCUCGUCCACUGCCAAGCCAGGCAGGCCAAAAGGCUCCACAAAAGCGGCAAAGGCAGCAGCUGCUGCUGCAAACACCACGAAUGGCACUGGCGAUGCUGCAGGUGCCCAAGGCUCUACAGCUUUCUCCUCCAACAACGGUACUAAUGAUGGCGCGGAUGGACCUGCACCACCACCGCCUGCGCCUCACUCGGAUCAGCUCACACACGACGCUAUUGCUGUCGCUGCUGCUGCUGCGGCCGCAGCGGCAGCCGGUCAUCCACCUGUCGCACAGGAACAGGACGAAGACGCUUCGGCCAUGAUCGACCCUGCCAUCGCUGCCGAUUCGCAGGCUCAGGCGGCUGCAGCGGCUACCACCGUGGCUGCCAUCAGUUCGGUUGCUGCGUAUCAGUAUGCAAACUCGAUGGACCCCCCGGAUUUUCAUAUGGGGAGGGGAGCAGUUAAUCCGUACGCUUCGGCUUCCUUCCCGCUUCCUGUUCACUCGCAGGUGGCUGCACUUCAUCCUCAGCUCUACCAGCCCUCCAGUCCCGAGUCGAACCAGCCGAGAAGCGAGCAUGGAAGUCCACGCUACAGCGGACAGACGCUUACACGUCACGGCAGCGGUUCCGGUCGUUACUUGAGACAACCUCCCUACGACCAGUACGCCAAUAGACCCAACGCCACCUUCACCAACGCUGCUGAUGCUGCUAUCUGGGAAGGCUUGGAUACUGCCAAGUUACCAUCUCCUGGUCAUGUCACCACGCCAGGAUCGGCUGCACGAGCAACAGCAAGCAUGCUUGCUUCAUUGGGUUUCCCGGUCACCUCGCCGCUCAGCCAUCUCGGUGAUCGUUCACGAACAGGAUCGCAUCUCGGAUCGGAUGCCAGCUAUUUCCGCUCUACGGCGCCAGGUCUCUCGGGCGGUGUUGGCACAGCUUCUUCGUCCAAUCUGGCCGGCUACGGGUCCAACAACGCCAAUAGUCCUGCUUUCUCUUUUGGUACCUCUACAUCCUCUGCUGAUACGGGUGCCUCCUCAUCAGCUCAAUCAGGCUCGAAUGUGACGGCUGUCGCCGGCACAAGUCAGGGUCAAGAGGCGUCAGGUGCUACUGCACCAAAGGAGCCUGUCCGUUUCUCGGUAUCCACUUUGGGUCCGCUCUCGCCUUUCUCCAACACGGUACUCAACUCGUCCAUGUCGCCGUACCUCUCAGCAUUCUCUAAUGCUCGUGAUACACCGUUCGUCUCUAGCCCUCGAUCUACGAUGCCAACUACACCAGGCGGUGGCUUGGCGUCGCUAGAUCUUGGCGGGCAGUGGACAGGCAUGCGUCCACCUUCCCGCACCGUCAGUCGACACAAUAGCUUGCAGGGAAUUAAUAUCUCGUCCACAAGUCAGAGCACGUCACCCCAGUCAGACGGCGUUCCUGCAACGAGCAAGUUGGGCAAGAGCUCGUCGAAUGACAAGCUCAAUCUCUCGUCAGAAAAGGCUGACUCUGCUGACGGAGCAAAUGCAAAGACCUCGUCGACGUCUAAUGCUGGCACAACAACGGCAGUGUCUGCAGCUACCACUGCUUCUGCAACGACGGGAGCAGCAGACAUGCAAGGGACGUCAGCAACAUCAGACACACCUGCUUCGGUGGCUCCUUCGGCCAGCAGCAGCAGUAGUGACGGAACAACGACCACCACAACAACGACCUCUGCGCCUGUGCAGAUGAGCACGAGCGGCAUCCAUACCCCUAGCCGCUUUGUGAAGAACGAGUCGCAGCAGUAUUUUGAUGGAGGGGCUCUCACGCCGGGACCCGAAGCCUUCCUUUUGAGGCUACAGGGUGGCGUACAGGAGUUGAGAGCCGGGAUCCAUGGAAGCGAAAUCUCCUUUUUGAACGGCCCCAUGAUGGCGCUUAGUUCAGCGAACUUUGGUUCGUCGCAAACGCAAUUCUCUACCCCGAAUUGGGACCAUUCGAUGUUUGCCAACCCGUGCACUAAUGGCAUCGCAGCAGCGUCGGCCGUGGCUAGCGCUGCUACGCCCGGCACACAGAUGAGUGCGCUCGGCUGGCUCAUGAGUCCGAGCAUCCAGCAGUUGCUGAGUGCGCUCAACACAACGACGGCAGAAUCGGGCGCUGUCGAUGCCACCAACACGUCCGACUACUUCAACUCGAAGAACAUCGCCGCACCCGAUCUGGCCGGGCUUGACUCGACCAGCAUCUCUAUAUCGCCAACACCUCUGGAGAUGGCGCUGACGGAUAUCAAGAAUCCUUUCUUCCUUGCGCCCGACAUGAUCAGGCCGUGCUACUCGAUUCAGCACUGGAAUUUACCGCCGAUCACCCGUCUCAGUAUGAUUGCACUCCAUGCGCAGCAAAACCUUCUCAAGCACUUCCCUGUCAUCCACGAACCGACGUUCCGCAUCGCCACCACACCAGGAUGUGUUGCCUUCGCCAUGUGCAUGCUUGGAUGUCACGAGGCCGGACGCAAGUGGUGGGCCGGCGAAGAGGUGGUCGAGAAGUCGCCGAUCAACAUCAUCAACAGUCAUGGCGUGCCUGAUCCCGAGAAUGAGCUCUCGAGGUGGAGCGACAAUGGCCCGAGUCGGUACAUUGAUGAGGAGGACGGGCAGGAGCUGGUCAAGCCGAUUGUGAUGAGCGAAAAAACCGAGAUGCUGAUACGCGCAUUUGCAAGCCGAUGCAAGAGCGUCAAGGACAAGUGCUCGGUGGUGCAAGCGCUGAUGCUUUUCCAGGGCAACAACUUUCUGAGCAGCGAUGCGACUACGCGUAUGGUUGCAGAGGUUUCGCAUGGUACUGUGGUCACUUUGGCACGGCAGGCAGGCUUCUUUGAUCCGGAUGCAGAGCACGCUGUGCGCGAUGUGUCCUAUACGGCCGAUGAUGUCUGGCAACAGAACCUGUUCGAGUCGACUGACACAUGUUUCUCGCACACUUUCCUCUCUCCGUACGCUGCAGAGGAUGAGAACACCGACAUGGUCUGGCGUCGAUGGGCUGAGCUGGAGGGUCGAAGGAGGUCCGCGUUUGUGAUCUACGCUAUGGACACAGUCGCUCAUCUUGAUGCUGCAGUGCCGACGCUGUUGGCGACCAAGGAUCUCGCUCAUCUGCCACUGCCCAGCCCGGACUACAUCUGGAGGGCGCCCACCGCAACGACGUGGCACAAGGCCCUGAAGGGAUACAAGGGUCCUACCCUUGACGACGCACUGCAGCAGCUGCUGUCGAACGAUUCUGGAAACUCUUCUGAGGAAGAACCUGCCGAUAUGCCUUCGAUCUACGGAUUGCAUGGACCUUUCGCCCGUCUGGCGAUGGUAUUGGCACUUCUGCGAGGCAUCAUCGAGAUGUUGGAAGGCCGAGCUACCAGGGUAUCCAAACCAUCUUCGCUGAGCAUGUGGGUGAAGUUCGGUGCGCAAUGCAAUGGCGACGCACAGGUGGCGCUCUACAAAAAGGCGCUCACACGAUGGCGUAAAGCGUGGGAUGAGGAUCCGACAUGCCGCUUUGCAUCGGUGAAACGAAACAAGGGCGAGACGGAUGACGUGGACACAUCAGCGGACGGUGUGAGACCAAACUGGUUCAAGUCUGGAGCAACCAAAGGCAACUGGCCGGAAGAGCUUCAGCAAACGUUGUUGACUCCACUCACAGCAUCUGGUGCUACACCUUUGUCGGAUGAUGCACUGCCCAUGUACUGGCUUGCUCAUGUGCUGGUGACCCAUGCUGCGUCGAAUCAGCGCUUGCCUCUUCGGAGCGUUGAGGGAAGGAUGGGCGCUGUGAGCAGGAAUGGAGGGUAUGCUGUGGUGAGCGGUGGACCGGAGAUGCCUGACUUCAGAGCGAUGCUCAGGUUUGCUAAGAACUUUGUGGCUCGUGGCGAAAAGUAG